CGAUAUAGUAGUAUUCUCGUGCACUUGAACUGGCUCGAUAAGUGACUAAUCCAGAUAAACCGGCAUUGAUUGGCCACAAACAAUGUCUGACCCGAUCAAGACUAGCCUUCAAGAGAACAAUAACCAGUCCAUAGACAUCAAAAGUCGGUGAUAUCUUCUUUAUGCUUUGGAACAGGUCAUAUACAUCUAUCAAUAUGUCAUCGCAACGUAUCGCAUUCAAAGUAUCUGGCACGGUCCAAGGAGUGGGAUUCCGGGACUUUACUCAGAAGAGAGCCACUGCAUAUGAUGUAAAAGGCUGGGUGAAGAACACACACUGUGGAAGGGUAGAAGGCGAAGCCCAAGGAACCGAAGAGUCUCUCCAGAAGUUCCUGAAAGACAUCAACAAUGGACCCCGCCAUGCACAUGUCGUCAAGCUAGAGAAGAAGGAAAUCGCACCGAAGGAUGGCGAGGUAGAAUUCGGAUUUAUGAAGACCUCGGAGUCAGGAUAUGAGGCCAUGCAGUGAUAUAAUAUCUUUCCCAAAUACAUCUCUUUCUGUUUAUAGCGUACCGCUUCAAACCCAAUCCUUGUUUGUCCUUCUGACACGAACUACUACUAGUAGUUGAUAAUGUAAUAUUGAUCCUAGCCCUUC